GUGUCAUUCCCCCUCCCCCAACACAAUGCCUAAUCUCUCUUUGCUCAUCACAGAGCCCAUGGGAAGACGUCUCCUCCUCAUCACAGAGCCCAUGGGAAGACGUCUCCUCCUCCUCAUCACAGAGCCCAUGGGAAGACGUCUCCUCCUCAUCACAGAUCCCAUGGGAAGACGUCUCCUCCUCAUCACAGAGCCCAUGGGAAGACGUCUCCUCCUGCUCAUCACAGAUCCCAUGGGAAGACCUCCUCCUCCUCAUCACAGAUCCCAUGGGAAGACGUCUCCUCUCCUCCUCAUCACAGAUCCCAUGGGAAAACUUCUCCUCCUCAUCACAGAUCCCAUGGGAAGACGUCUCCUCCUCCUCAUCACAGAGCCCAUGGGAAGACGUCUCCUCCUUCUCAUCACAGAGCCCAUGGGAAGACUUCUCAUCACAGAUCCCAUGGGAAGACGUCUCCUCCUCAUCACAGAGCCCAUGGGAAGACGUCUCCUCCUCAUCACAGAGCCCAUGGGAAGACUUCUCUCCUCCUCAUCACAGAGCCCAUGGGAAGACGUCUCCUCCUCCUCAUCACAGAGCCCAUGGGAAGAUGUCUCCUCCUCAUCACAGAGUCCAUGGGAAGACUUCUCCUCCUCAUCAUCACAGAUCCCAUGGGAAGACGUCUCCUCCUCCUCAUCACAGAGCCCAUGGGAAGACUUCUCCUCUCCUCCUCAUCACAGAGCCCAUGGGAAGACGUCUCCUCUCCUCAUCACAGAGCCCAUGGGAAGACGUCUCCUCCUUCUCAUCACAGAGCCCAUGGGAAGACGUCUCCUCCUCCUCAUCACAGAGCCCAUGGGAAGACUUCACCUCCUCAUCACAGAGCCCAUGGGAACACUUCUCCUCUCCUCAAUACAGAGCCCAUGGGAACACUUCUCCUCUCCUAAUCACAGAGCCCAUGGGAAUUCUUCUCCUCUCCUCCUAAUCACAGAGCCCAUGGGAAGACUUCUCAUCACCGAGCCCAUGGGAACACUUCUCCUCUCCUCCUCAUCACAGAGCCCAUGGGAAGACUCCUAAUCACAGAGCCCAUGGGAAGACUUCUCUCCUCCUCAUCACAGAGCCCAUGGGAAGACGUCUCCUCCUCAUCACAGAGCCCAUGGGAAUUCUUCUCCUCUCCUCCUAAUCACAGAGCCCAUGGGAAGACUUCUCAUCACCGAGCCAAUGGGAACACUUCUCCUCUCCUCCUCAUCACAGAGCCCAUGGGAAGACUUCUCCUCCUCCUCAUCACCGAGCCCAUGGGAACACUUCUCCUCUCCUCCUCAUCACAGAGCCCAUGGGAAGACUCCUAAUCACAGAGCCCAUGGGAAGACUUCUCUCCUCCUCAUCACAGAGCCCAUGGGAAGACUUCUCCUCCUUCUCAUCACAGGGCCCAUGGGAAGACGUCUCCUCCUUCUCAUCACAGAGCCCAUGGGAACACUUCUCCUCUUCUCAUCACAGAGCCCACGGGAAGACUUCACCUCCUCAUCACAGAGCUCCUGAAAUGUCCUCUUAUACCUGAUCACAAAGCCCUUGAGUUGUCUUCACCUGCUCACGGCACUGAGAUCUCUCGUCAUUAUCUGCACCCCUUUAUUCAGAUUCACGUGUUCCCCUUCAUUUCCAUCUGAAGCCCUUCCACUGCCAGCCUCCUCCUUGGGCCUCUGACGUUUCCUGCAGUCCUAUGUGGCACAUAAUUUCUUCAGUAGAGCAGAUGUGACUUUAUAAGCCAGGAAAAUAAUUCCAGCAUUUGAUAUCACUGUAUGGGAAGAGAAGAUGGCCGGGAACUCCAUCAGCUUGUCAAUGGUAUGGGAGGUGCACAAAUCACCCAGCACUUACCCCUCCCAACCAGCAAUGGGGACCUCCCAGAUCCACAUCUUCUGCGGUGAAGUCUGACCUUCCUCAUGUGGUGCUUUCCCUUCAAUGGGUUCUGUGAGAACAUCCAAGACCUUCACCUUAGAAAGCUCUCUGUAGCCUGAGAUAAGGACGCUCCCUGGAGGGCGAAUCGCAUGGCGCUGCCGUCCUCAUCACUGAUCUGCUGGGGGGGGGGGGGGGAGAUGUUGCUAGUCUCGGGAACCUCCAAUCAGCAUAACUAAGGGCCACAGAUGGCUGUUGUAAGGACGGAGGUCUUGGAUCUUUUUACAUGGAUCCGGGACGCGCUAACAUUACUUAAUCAGGAUGUGAGCGAUGUGGAGGUCGUAUCGCCUGGCUUGCAGUCGUAGUAAUAAGCACCGGAAGAACUGAACAUUGAAUGAAGAAUUUGUCUUAUUCCUGAAUGUAGAAUAAAUAAUAUAUGAUGUUGUGAAGUCGUGUUUCUGGAGAGGGAUACAAAUAAUGACCUACAGGUGUAGAUUUCUGCCCUGUAGGGUUCAUAAUAUGAGGAUUUAUGAAUUAGAUAAGGGAUACGGUAGUCCUAUUCACAACUACUUGGGUUAUGCUGCCACCUGAAGGCGAAAGGGUCAAAAAAGGCGGCAGAACUUCUCUCAGCCAAGCCUCAGUGGGGUUUUUUUUUUUUGCGGGAGGGGGCAGUGUUUAGCAUGCAAUGAAGGAGGUGUGAUCUGUGUCCUGGGAUCUACGCCAAGAAAUUGAAUUUACACGAAAGCCAAAAUUCAUAAUUUCUUGUACAGGAUGCAAAGGAGUUCAUAUAACUACUUAUAUAUCCAAAGGCACCCCGGAAAUCAUUUUUAUUACAAAUGGAAUAACAAGGAUUGUAUAUAAGAACAUUUCACUGAUACAUGAGAACAGGUACCCCUCCCCCUUCAUAUUAUAAUAAAAUCUUUGUGACAAUA